AGCUGCCGAAACCUGGCAGAAUGACUUCUGCAAAGGGAGCAAGAAAGCGUAGAUCCACCUGUUUUGCAUGGCGAUGCGUGGCUUGUACUUGUACGUAAUUUUAGUUGUAGGUACCGGUGACGAGGACAAGAGAAAGGAUAUUCAGGGUAACUAGGUCGCAAGGCUAAUCGGAAAAAUGCCGAGUGCAGUGAAAAGUGGCCGCCUGGAUGUCUUUGCCUAUGACAGUAGCGCUUACGAUGUCUUCGCGCCCGCUCGUUCGAUGGCUGAAUCUACUCCAGCCAUGUCGCUGUCGGACAGCAGUGUGUGGCAGCCGGCAUACUCCACACUGUCCUCGACCAUGCUCGAGUUUCGCCACGAUCCAUGCUUCUUUCGCACCUCUAGCUCUGGCGGCGAGUCGACAAGGUCGAGGGCCACCGCUGCUCCCAGCACAGCGAGCAGGAGGCCAGCACCGCAGAGCCCUCCGCCAGACACGACCCAGUCAUCUCGAACCGUACAGAUCGAGCUGCAGGCACAGGAACCGCUCGGACUGCACAUCAGCGGAGGCAGCGACUUCAGCCUGCCGGUGUUCAUCUCGAAGCUGGUCGUCGGCUCGGUGGCGGAGCGUUGCGGAAAGCUCUACGUCGGGGACGUCAUUCAGGCGGUCAACGGCGUGCAGCUGACUGGAUUGGAGGCGCACAGCGAUGUUGCCAAUCUGCUGCAGCGUGCCCUGAGCGAGCGGCGUGUUCAAUUAGUGAUUCAAUACCAGCCUGAUGUACUGCAGCAGAGCAAAGACUGGCCCGACCACGAGAACAUUGCAGAAGAAACUUCACCUCGCCAAGGCAGGGAGCAGCAACAGCAGGAAGAAGAAGAUGAACUUGAAGGCCAUGAACGUCAGCAGCAAGAGCCAGCCGGGCCAGGAACGAACGGGGGUGAACCAGCCGGAAGGUCUCGUCACAUCACCGUGCCCCUGAGUGGGAGAAGCGUGUGGCGAAGUGAAGAAGUCGUGUUCGACCGCGACGUUUGUGCAGUGAUCGGCGAAGAGGAUCGCCUGAGUCGCCGCUGCUUUGUUCUCUACAGUCCGACGGAGCCAGCAUGCCUGUUUCGUGCCCGCUCAGCCACCGACGCAGACCGGUGGUGUUCGGCGCUUCAGGAGAACUUGCGCGCAGGCCUGCGUGAGGCCAUGUUCGCCGCGAACGUUGCACUGCACGGUCAUGUGGCCCUGUCCAGUCUGCAUCACGUGACGUGGGCGAGGACGUGGUUGCUGGGCAACGGGCCGAGUUCCGCGGCGUCGCCGUUCGCGUCGUCACGGCAACGAGCGAGCGAGGAGAUCAAGCUGGUUGCUAUUAGCGACACGCUGGUGACUAUCUACUCUGGAUCGCCGCCUGUGCCGCCGACUGCGGCUGGCUUGUCAGCGUCAUUGAGUGCGGCAACUACCGGUGCUCAACCUGCGCUCGAGGAACAGGUGGUAUUCUGGAGUAGCCCAGAGAUUGUACUACCCGUCGUUCAGUCCAGGAUCGUCGAGCCUCUUAACGCCAGGAUCGUGAGCACAUCGUCCACGGUCGGAGAUUGUCCAGGUCACGUCAUAUUGAAGACGGGCCUGGAUCACGGCCUGGAGAGGAGAGUUCUGCUGACAGAGAGCGACGUUGACCUCACCCUGUGGAAGAAGGAGUUCCGCGAAGUGUGGAAGUCCAUCCCUCAAGUGGUGGGCAGAAUAAGCUUCCCUAUCAUCUGGCACAGUGAGGCAUGCGAAGUGGUGUUGGAGCCGCAGCAGGAUAGAAUCAUCGUCAUCAUCGGGGGAUCCACGGAGAAAAUGCUGCCGAUUCCGUUCAAGAACAUCAGGGGAACGUCAGAUGAUGGCCAGAGCCGAUUCUAUAUCUUGCUGGACUCACAAAGCCGAGUGAUCUUCAAGUUCAAUGCUUCGUUCAAGCCGUUCCAGUGCGCCCUCAUCUCCUACCUGGCGUAUCACAAGUCCUCACUAGCUGCUGUGUAGCCCGUACCUGGGUAAGCACACCGCAGCAGCAUGCCUACUCCAGUGAGCUGCUGCUGUGUUCCGUCUGCACCAUGCUGCCAGACUUCAGGCAAGCAAAGGACGUUGAAGGUGCCGAGGAGCAGGACUGGAACUGAGUGACCUACCUGUAUAUGUACCGGAUUUCCUCGAUCAUA